AAGCAUUAGCAAUUUAGAAUUAAUUUGACCCGAAUUUGCAUUUACGAGUGUUUCCCUUUUUAAAAACCACAGACGCGGGUACUAACUUAACACACAUAGAAAACAACACUCUCUCGAACAUUCCUUCUUCAUUUCGUAGUUCAGCAAAUCAAUUACAAUCAACAAUGGCAGAAUCUGAAGAUAUUCAACCUUUGGUCUGUGAUAACGGAACCGGAAUGGUCAAGGCUGGUUUUGCAGGAGAUGAUGCACCAAGAGCAGUGUUCCCUAGCAUUGUAGGUCGUCCACGUCACACAGGGGUAAUGGUAGGUAUGGGACAAAAAGAUGCAUAUGUUGGUGAUGAAGCACAGUCAAAGAGAGGUAUUUUGACACUGAAAUAUCCAAUUGAGCAUGGAAUUGUUAGUAAUUGGGAUGACAUGGAGAAGAUCUGGCAUCACACUUUCUACAAUGAACUUCGUGUUGCUCCUGAAGAACACCCUGUUCUUCUCACUGAAGCUCCUCUUAAUCCUAAGGCUAAUCGGGAGAAAAUGACUCAGAUCAUGUUUGAGACUUUCAAUACUCCUGCUAUGUAUGUUGCCAUUCAAGCCGUGCUUUCCCUUUAUGCCAGUGGCCGUACAACUGGUAUUGUUCUGGACUCUGGAGAUGGUGUUAGUCACACUGUUCCAAUUUAUGAGGGUUAUGCCCUGCCACAUGCGAUCUUGCGUUUGGAUCUUGCAGGGCGUGAUCUCACCGAUGCACUGAUGAAGAUUUUAACAGAGCGUGGCUACACUUUCACCACAUCUGCAGAGCGUGAAAUUGUGAGGGACGUGAAGGAGAAAUUAGCCUAUAUUGCUCUUGAUUAUGAGCAGGAGUUGGAAACUGCUAAGAUCAGCUCAGCUGUUGAGAAGACUUAUGAGCUACCUGAUGGGCAGGUGAUCACAAUCGGCGCCGAAAGGUUCCGCUGCCCCGAAGUUUUAUUCCAGCCAUCCAUGAUAGGGAUGGAAUCUCCUGGUAUCCACGAGACAACAUUUAACUCCAUCAUGAAGUGUGAUGUCGACAUUAGGAAGGAUCUGUAUGGUAACAUUGUCUUGAGUGGUGGUUCUACUAUGUUCCCCGGAAUUGCUGAUAGAAUGAGCAAAGAGAUUACAGCAUUGGCACCCAGCAGCAUGAAAAUCAAGGUUGUAGCACCACCAGAGAGGAAAUACAGUGUCUGGAUUGGAGGCUCCAUUUUGGCAUCUCUCAGCACUUUCCAACAGAUGUGGAUUGCAAAGGCAGAAUAUGAUGAAUCUGGCCCAUCAAUAGUACACAGGAAAUGCUUCUAAGUUCAAAUCAUGGAGCACUGAGAGCUGAACCAAGGAAAUUACAAUAUAUACUUUGUACUACAUAAAUACCAUCUAGUGGUUGAGGAACUUCCAUUUCCUAUUCUUUUACCAUUUCUUUUAUCACGUUUCUCUGUGUUUUCCUUUCUUGAUAUGUUGGGAUAAGAGCAUGAAGGCUAGCAAGAUAUGUAAGAUUCAGUUUUCCCCUCAUUUUGUUGUAGAGAUGUGUAUUGUUACGGAUCUGGUUUGUUUGACUCAACAAAUCUUUUCAUUAAGUUUUCUGAUUGACCAUAGUGGUAUGUGUUUGAUUUAUAAAUCUAUGAAACCAAAAAGUCAUUGCUAUCA